AAAGCAAGCGCCAGAAAUAUUAAAACAAGUAUUAACUUUGAGAGGCUCUAAUAAGCCAGCUGUUUUCGUUGAAAUGAGACAAUCGUCUUCUCCGGUAAAGUGGACAAAUGAUGGGUUUUGGUCUGACAUAGUGAUAAAUGCCUCGUCAAAUUAUGUCAUCAAACACCUUGAUCCAUCGGUUAUUCCGAAUUACAUAAAGAACUAUUCAUUUGGAAUAAAAUACAUGUCAAUUCAUUUGACGUUGGUGAGAGGUUCUGCUUCAGCUAAAUGGAGGCUAAACGCACCAGAAUGCACUAAGUUUCCGGAACUAUGUACAUUGGAUUCCCAAUCGUCGAUAACUAGUGUAAAUGAUUGGCAAAACAUAUUGCAUGGAGGUUUCAUGCAUUCAGACAGGAUACAGUUUACGGUAUCUGCUAAAAAUGGCGGAGAAAUCCUUUAUGAAGAGAGAUCACGUAUUGGUCACUACUUUAAUAACACCUAUCAAAUUCGGGGAAUAACGACAACAGAAACGCUUGAAAUCAGAUUUGAUAUGUUUCAACCCCACCAUUGUUUUGAGACAAAUGACAAAGGUUGUGUAAAAGAUGCUUUACAGACGGAAGAUUUUGUUACGGAGCCACAUGUAUCUGUGCAGUGGGAUGGAUGGACUGAUGAUCUUUCUGGCAUUGAUACAUUUGACCUGUACGUUUGGUAUUUGUAUUCAGAAAAUUCCAGUCCCCUUAAACACAAAUAUCUAGUGUCUCAGACAACUGUCAAAUCACCACAGUCGUCGAUAUCACUUAAUCUUACCGAGGCAGGACCACAUUCUGUUGAAUUGUUUGUAUUGGAUUGCGCGGGAAAUAAUAAGUCUGCACGAAGAAUUUUUUUAUUUGACAACGUAUCUGUAGUUGAAACUUACGGAUCGCCGCUAAAAGUAUUACAGGCUAAUAAAGACGACUGGAUAAACCAUUUUCAUGACGUCAUUUCUGUCGUUUGGACAGACAGGUUUAGGAAUGUCAGACAUUCGAUCAAUGGAUGGCUGAAUGCUGUGGCAGACAAUAAAAUUUUAAGAUCCCUUGAUGACCGCGAUGGUAAAUCCUUGAGGACUGUUGAAAAAAUAGAUAACAUUGAAGGAGUGGUAAGGUAUGAAAUUGCCCGCCAAAUUGAAUUCAAAGGAAACUCUACAAAUACCAAUUUCCAGCCUGUCCCAGAUUUGUAUUUUCACUCUCAAAAGAUGGUUUACGGCAAUGAAGAUCUAGUAGACGGCAAGAAACUAACCUACACAGUACGAGCAUAUGACAUUAUGAAGGAAUAUGCUGAAGACAAUGUAACAGUCAUGGUAGACCUUUCACCACCAAUUAUCCGUAAUCUAUGGUUGACGAAGGGUGACUUAGUAAACAUAAGUGUUCACAGUGUAUUGGAAUUGAAAGAACUUACUAUUGAAUGGGAAGCGUUUGACUACCAUAGUGGUCUUCAUCAGGUUUCAUGGAGGUUGUUUGAUAACUUCACAAGAAGUAUAAUUGUACAUGGUCAGUCUGUCGAACCUCCGCAGGGCGAAACUAAGGAUUUAAAGGAAUGCAAUCAAAAAUACGGGUUGUAUCCUCGAGGACCGAACUGCUACUGUUCUCCGUACAAUGGAUGUUUUCAUAGACAUUAUCAGAUCAAACCACCAGUUUCUAAUGGUAGUAGUGGAGGUUUAAACUUUGGUAAAGAAAUAGGUGAUCAUGAUUAUGACUAUUAUAUCGAGGUAACAGUCUUAAACAGUGCUGGACUAGAAACCACCAAACAUAAGAAGAUAACGAUCGACACAUCGCCACCACACGAGGGUAGAGUACACGAUGGUAUACCUGGAGAUCCCGAAGUUGACUUUCAGCAGUCACUAAAGCUUGAAGGUUAUUGGGAUGACUUUUUUGACAAAGAAAGUGGAGUAUGGUUAUUUACAUUUGGCUUCGAUCAACAUUGUUUACAUGAAAAUGAGCUUGAUAUACAUUCAAAGGUUAAUUGGACGUACGACAGUAAAGCUGAGUUUACAGCACCAAAACCUGGCAAAUAUUUUCUCACAGUCAUGGCAUAUAAUCACGCCCUUGGUCAUAGUAAACCUGUUUGUUCUGACGGAGUUACGAUAGAUAUCUUACCGGCAAUAGUGUCAGAAGUUGUACUUCAUGAUGCAGUAACGGCAAGCGGUCUUAUCAAGAGUGAUCUAAAUGAUACAGUUUAUGUUUUAUAUAGAAACCGUGAAUUGGAGAAAGUUGAUAAUCCAACUAAAACUUGCAGAGAUCUUUCAACAACUGUUCCGGACUCUAAAAUAAAAUUGUACCCACAUAAACGUUCUAAUGGAAGCUUGAGUAGAACUGUUUUGGAUGAGGAAUGUGACAAUCUUCAUGGUGUCCAUUCAGACUUAAUUUCCUACAUAACAUCUGAUUCAAGGAUCGAUAUAUCAUGGAAUGUUACAUUUGGAGCUGGUAGUGUUUAUGAUUAUGAAGUAGGAAUAGCAUCUGAGAAGUCAAAGUUUCCAGAUGUUUUGGACUUUACUUCUUCUCACCAUCAUCAGCAUAUACGCUUAUUUCAUCCAGAUAUUUUUGACGGGGAACAAUUUUAUGUCAUGAUAAAAGCCAUUACAAAAUCAUCCGUCACAGACAUUAAGACAAUUGGACCAUUUGUUUAUGACUCAUCAAAGCCAGAGUUUACUGGAGAAAUCAGUCUUUCUGUUGAGCACACCGACAGCGAUACUUUUCUGAUCGCUAAAUGGAACAAAGAUGCAUUUACAGAUCACGGAGACCCUAAUGCCUUGAGAUACGAAGUAGCUGUUGGAACAACAAAAAAUGGAAAAGAUAUUCUUCCAUUCAGCAGUAUUUCCACUGGUGGAAGUUGUAAAUCGUUUACACAGCAGACUUGUACAGCUUUUUCAACGCACUCACUGCCAUGGCACUUACAUGGUGAACUCGACUACUUUGUAACGAUAAAAGUAAGAGAUACGGCAGGUCACUUUGUGACGGCUGGCUCAAAGCCAUACAGACACAACAUUGAAUUGGCAUCGAGAGGCAUUGUUCAUGAUAUUGACGACAGUAUAUCACAGUUUGUUGAUAUUGAUGACAUCGACUAUCAGACAAGUACCUCUAAAUUAACAGCCAGGUGGUCAGGCUUUGAACACCCGCAUGAAGAUAUAAACUUUACAGUUUGCAUUUCUAACACUACUUCCAAAAACUUCAUAACAUGUGCUAACAGUGUUUCUGGGAAUAAGCAUACAUUUUCCGGCCUUAAACUAAAGCCCUAUCAGACAUAUUACCAAACUGUCAUAGCAGAAACUGAGGCAGGAAAUGUUACCGCAAUUUCUGAUGGGGUGACGGUGGUUGUAGACGGCGGAGAAAUAAGCGGAAUCAAGGUGCUCGAUGGUGCUGUUUGUAAUUAUUCUAUUGGUGAUAUCAACUUGACCACGUCACAUCAUGAUGAGGACAAACGUUUACCAUGUAAAGAAGAUAGAGAUUUCCAGGCAUCAACAAAUGUGCUUCAGGCACACUGGGAAAUACCUACAGAUAAGGCACAUGUCCUACGUGAUAUACACUGGGCGAUAGAGGAACGAGCUCCAGUUACAAAUAUAUGGAAGCUCUAUACUGAGUAUGUGUCAUUGAGAACAAGUUCGUCAUACAUGGAAGAAAGUGGUUUAUCAUUAUCCCCUGGCAGAACUUAUAGAAUAUCUUUGAAAUUUUGUGCAGGAAAAUAUUGUUUCAAACCAGUACAUAGUGACGGUGUUACUGUUGUUCCAAAUCCUCCAGUUACUGGGAAUAUGACUGUUACAUAUACUGCAAAUACAACAUCGGUUGAUGUCAGUAUGGAACCAUUCAAAGAUACCGAUAUUGAAGAUCUUACUCAGUCAAAAGAUGUUAUUGAUCAUUAUGAAUGGGCGUUUGCAGAUGAAUCCGCGUUAGGUCGACUGCUGACAAAAUGGACACGGCUAUCGCAUAGGCUAUCGAAGUAUGAUAAUUCGUUGAAUUUCACAAUAGACCUAAAUGAAGAAAUUGCUUUCACAAAGUGUUGGAUACUUAUAAUUCGAGGGUAUACCAAAGCUGGUUUAUCAUCCACAACAUCUUCGGAAAUCAGAAAUUGCAAGGAUCUACAGCAAGUUCGAACAAAUGCUGUUAUUGAUGCGGUCGGUGAGCCUUUAUCAACAGAAGACGACCAUGUCGGAAAAGAAAUCUUCUUAAUUGAAAAUGAUGUUUGGAAACAGCCUGACAGAGAUUAUACCCCGUAUUGCAACAUUUUAUGUGCAGUCUGGCCAACAUUAAGGCACUCUCAAUACGUAUGGGCCGUAUUAUUAGUAAAUGUGGAUGAUCCAACUGUGUUUUACGAUCGGUCAAAGAAGUUAGGUCUGGAUGACCCAUGUGAACAUCCUGAUGCUAUCAAAUGUGGCAAGACAGAGAACGAAUUCAUCAAUGUCGGCUUCAAUUCUGGUGAACUUACACAUGGUAAACGCUAUAUAUUUUGUAUUCAUGCUAAUGCAUCGAAAGUAGAACAUGAGUUUUGGACCGAAGAACUAGAAGAGAUUGAUGAAUGUAGCGAUGGAAUUACAAUUGAUCUUACGCCACCAAUUGCAGCCGAUGUAUGGAUAGGAAACGAAAAAGAAAACUUAUUUCAAACAUCAAUAUCUGAGCUAUCAGUACAUUGGAACUCAUUCACAGAUGUUGAAGAGGAGGGUUAUGCUGCUCAUGUCAGUGGGAUUACACACUUUGAGGUUGCUCUAGGAACUGCUUCAGGUGGUAAAGACAUCCAACCGUUCACAGAUGUUGGACUAACAAAUCAUAAGACAUUCCAUGACCUUAAGCUACAAAACGGACACACUUACUUUGCCUCAGUAAUUGCCUACGACUUUACGGGUCAGUUCUCAAAAUCAAUGUCAGAAGGGAUAAAAGUAGAUACAACACCGCCACAACUAACAAAUAUCACCAUCACUUUACCAUCAAGGCAUAUUUCUGACACGGAAUUUGUGGAGGCAUGUUGGAAAAAUGUGUUCGUAGAUUUAGAGAGCGGGAUCUCACAUUAUAGUUGGGCUGUAGGUACACAUGCAGGAUAUGAUGAUGUAUUUUCAUUUGAUGAUACAGAAGAAUUGUGUGCAAAAACUCCAGAAAGCACUCCUUUAAUGUUAAAGGAAGGUCAUGCAUACUUUGUCACUGUGAAGGCCCAUAACAAAGCUGGUUUAUACGCAACAACGUCAUCUUGGGCAUUUACUGUGGAAGCAACACCACCGGUCCCUGGUAAGGUGUACGAUGGUCCUCCUGGAAUAGAUGGUUCGUGUGUUGAUGUUGAUUACAUAGAAAACCAUUCAACAUUAAAAGCUCAUUGGAAAGGCUUCCUCGACCCACAUAGCACGAUGGUCGAAUAUUUUGUGAAUAUUGGAUCCUGUAAAGAUUGUGAAGAUGUUCUUGUUAAACAAUCUGUUGGUAUUAUAACAGGUAUUGAAUUUACAUUUCUACAACUGUCGGAAGGACUUCACUAUUAUGUGACUGUAACGGCGUGUAAUACAGCUGGACUUUGUUCAUCUGCGACAUCAGAUGGCUUUGUUGUAGAUUCAACUCCACCAAUACGUGGGAUAUUGACAGACGGGCCAUUAGAAACUGAGUUACAGUAUCAAGCAUCUAGGAAUUAUAUCGGCUGUGAGUGGGACAGUUUUACAGACCCACAGUCGGAUAUAUCACACUAUGUAUGGAGAGUAGGAACAACUAAAGGUGGCGACAAUAUAAUACCUGCUGAUGAUGUACACAGGCAUGAAGAGGCUUUUAUUUUUGAUCUACAGUCAGAAUAUAAAAAGACAUUGCCGAAAGGUGUUCGCAUUUACUGUACUGUGCGUGCUUAUAAUAAAGCAGGAAUGUAUGUUGAAGCCACGUCGAAUGGUUUUAUCGUUGAUGAUACACCGCCAAUAUUCAAAACAAAUUUAACGAUGUCAUCGAUCGGGACGAUCAAAAACGGAACAACUGUGUCGAGAACAACCUUGAGGGUGUAUUGGGAUGUCAAUGACGAUGAAUCAUUCAUUGAAACUCAACAUCUUUCUAUAUCUUCACAUAUGGGUGGAGAUUUUAAUUUGUCAUCUACUAAAAUUGAUGGUAUUGUUAGAGACUACACAUUCACCGAUCUUGAUUUUCACGAUGGAAGUUUCUAUUGCAUCAAAUUGGUAUCCUGUAAUGGUGCUAAUCUCUGCUCCAAAUCAACACUUGCUAAUAUACUUGUUGAUAGCACAAGACCUACACCAGGAACUUUUGCAAUCAAUACUGACCACGCGGCAGCUUUAGACAGACAACCGGAAGAUUGGAUGAAGUGGACACCCAUAUCAAUUAAUCUGGCUUGGCUCGGUUUUGAGGAUUUACACUCAGAUAUUCAUUCAUAUAACGUUAACUUUGGUAGUCAGUUUAUGGGCAAUGAUUUGAAUGAGGUGCCUUAUACACCAAUGAUUGUGAACCAUGAUAUAAAUGCAACGUUUCACGAAGAUGGAAAAGUUCAAAUGUUCAAAUUUCAUACACAAAAGCUGAGAGAAAACAUGACAGUCUACAUAAGUGUUACAGCAAAAAAUCACGUUGGACUCACAAGUGAAAUGAUCCAUUCACAAUUUAAUUUGCUGUUUGGAGGCAUAAUGGAGCUGGUUCGCAGAUGCGAAAGCUUUUCGUGCGAAGGACAUUGCGUGUGCGCACCACAUGGUAAGAUGUGUCAUAGUAACAAACAGUGUAACGAUAUAAGUGGCUCAGAUAAUAACAAUACAAAUAUUGAAGUUGACGACUAUCUAGAUCUACGAUUUCCAGACAAUUACCCUCACCCUCUUCAUUCACCAUUUAAUAGUAUACUUGCUGCGAAAUGGAGAAUUGCACGGCUCGAUGACAAAAACCCACUAUGGUACGAGUGGAGUGUAGGUGAAAGUGACUUUGACAAUCCAAUUGGUGUAUUUGAUAAAAUAAAGGAAAACGUGUGGCAUGAAAUAGGUCAUGACAAUGAUAUCGUAUUCACGGUUGAUAGAGAGAAAUCUGUUUUGCUUGAACAUACAUCUUACUCAGUCUUUGUCCGAGCCUGGUACAACAGUGAUACGUAUGCGAUAUUUAAAAGUGAUGGUCUAACAAUAUCCCACACACCCCCUUUGUCGAUUGUUACAAAUGGGAGAUCAGUGAAGGAAUUAUCUACAGAGUCAAAAAGGGACGUUGAUUUUAUAACAAGAAAAACUCAAGUCCGUGCUGAUUGGACGGGAAAGUUUGCAAGCCAAAUAUCAAAGUAUCAUUUGUACAUAAGUACUCAUCCAGGGGGUCAUGACCUGCAUGUGGUAACAAAGAACCUGCAGCCCCCUUUGACAAGCUACAACAUAACUGGAUUAAAAUACGAAGAAAAUACGAAAUACUACACAAUAGUGCAGGCAUAUAAUCUAGCUGGUCUACAUACCACAGAGAUAUCUGAUGGAUUUAUGCUUGAUGUAGAUCCACCAUCUCCAGGGAUAGUCAUGGAUGGACUUGUUUUACUAGACAAACACGCUACAAGUGGCACCGACCGAGUACAGUCCUUUUGGCAUGGAUUCUCUGAUACCGAAUCUGGUAUCAAAAACUAUGAAUACUGUAUUUCCUCGGGUGAUUUACCAGGGGAAUGUGAUAUUAAACCACUUUCACCAGUUGGUAUUGCAACAAGUGUACAGUUUUAUCCUGAAAGUCCUCUAGAACAUGGUGGCAUUGUUCGAGGGGAGGUAAGGGCUCGUGAUGUUGUAGGACACGUGUCUAAGCUUGUGUCUUCAAAUGGCGUAAUAAUUGACACGACAGCUCCUGUUAGAGUAAAGCGCAUUGAAUGUCAACCAAAUUCCUUAUCUGACGCAUCUUUUGAAAAUAUUUUGAACUUUGAGGCUUAUUCUACAAUAUGUGAUAAUAUAACAGAAUCACAGUGGGAUUUGGCUCGAGAUACUUGCGUUACUCUCGAGAAGUCAAAUAUGGCACAGCACGGAUCUAUAAAACUACAUCUACAGGGUUCGAUCUCACAGAAAGUUGAUACCAAAACGCAAGGCAAAUACAGACUGGUGUUCCAUACAUCAACUAUACCAUCAAAAAUGUUGCACCUAUCAGCUUUGGAAGGUUACACCCAGGUAAAUGAACAAAGACACGUGUUCAUGAUGUACAGCAAGCCUAACACUGAUACAUACUUAUGGCAGAAACAUGUUUACUAUUUCCAUUUGGAUACAAACACAUCCAUGGUACAAUUUGGAACUGUACAAACAAAUUCCGCUUUUGCUAUAGACGGGAUUGAGUUUCAACUUUGUGAAGUUUCUACGAAUGAAACAGACGAGGCAGACGGACAUGUCAACAUUCAUACAGUGUUCGUUCAUGAUUGGUCAUCAAUUCAUGCGGAAUGGUCUUUCAUCGAUCCAGAAACUGAUAUACUUGAGUACAUGUGGGCUAUUGGAACUGUUAAGGGCGGUACUCAGUUACAAACAUUUGUUAAUGUUGGACGACAAACGUUUGCUAGUAACAACACUCUUAGACUGGAACACGACACUGUGGUAUAUAUAACAGUUAUUGCAAUCAAUGCUGCGGGACUACGUACGGUGAGCUACUCAGAUCCAAUUAUGAUCGACCUUACAAAACCUGAAUGCCAGUUUGUAAAUGAUGGUCCUGUACUUGGACAAGAUUUUGAUUUCAUAAGAGGGCUUCAAAUGGAUUUCCAUUGGGAUGUAUCAGAUCCUGAGUCUGGACUAGAGACGUGUUCCUGGGCAUUAGGAGUUUCCAAGGGUGAUACGUCAGUUCAGAACUAUGUCACAAUCAAAUCUGAUCAAAAGAAUGCAACCAAACUUUUUACCAGUAUACCACAUGAAAAGAUGUAUGCUACUGUUAAGUGCACAAAUGGCGCUGGAUUAACGCAUACAUGUUCAUCUGAUGGGGUGAAAAUGAUUGAGGCACCCCCAUCCGUUGAUGAUGUGAUGUUAGAGCUCCUGACAACUUCAGCAACACAGUACGACUCCCGAGGUCAUUACCAUGGUAACAAGACUGAGAUUCGGUUCCGAUGGACAGGCUUUAAGUAUGAUGACGGCGUAGAAAGUUAUAUGAUUGCCCUUGAUGGAGAAAAUGUGUCGGCGUCAGAUAUUAUAGAAGGUUCAUCUUCUGGCUACAGUUAUGCAAAAUUCACAGGACUUAACAUGAUGGACGGAAAAUACACUGUAUCUGUUACUGGUAUAAAUGAAGUUAAAAUGUACAGCCAGAAAAGAUCCAGCUUAUUCGAUUUAGUCACUGUUCCACCAAGUCUCACGGGAUCACAAAUUAAGACAAACUGGAUAAAACAGACAUCAACAGCCUCUGCGUCAUGGGAAAACGUAUUUGUUUCAAGUAAUCCCCUUUACUUUGAAGUUUCGGCAAGGUUGGCAGAAGGUGGAGAAGGGAAUCUCGUGCAGUGGCAGGAAACAGUUGAUACACGAAUUGAAAUAGUUCUAGACACGAAUGAAAUGCCUUCUGCAGGUGUGAUCGUCCGAUUUUCUGUGCGAGCAAUAUCGCAUGUUGGGUUGUUUACGACUGCACAUGGCGAACUCUUUGUAUUGCCUUAACACUCAGUGGUAUCAUCCGGAAAUGUUUUGGUUUCAUUUCAGAUUUGAAACCAUGUACAAGUGAUAUGAACUCAGAUAAUUCAUAACGAUCAUUGAAAUAAAUGGUGGAAACAAUUAUUUAGAUUUUUUAACUUUUUUUUUCUUCUUUUUACCUUGUGUGCUUAAAUUUUUUUAUUUUUAGAAACAAUGUGUGUAAAAUUGUAUUGCAUUAUUGUAUAUAAAAGUAGCAUAAGCAAUCUAAUUGAAAGUUUAUUGU